AUGUAUGGCCCAAGGCCAUCACGCAGCUGGGAUGAUCCCCAGUGCAGCCAGGAUACCCGCUUCCCCAAGGCCCAGGCCUGGCUAUCUUCGCCUUUCGGCCGUCGAUCCCCUGGAUACCAAGCAGUCGCGUCAAUCAUGUGUCGAAUCAGUCCUGGUUUGCCGCGACAAUCAAGAUUGUGCUCUCCCUCAGCCACAGCCUCGAUCAAGCCCCCCUCCCUGGCUUCCGCCGGCGGGUUUAGCCCUCCCAACCCCAGACCCUCCACAGGGUGUUUGAUGUCGAUGCCGCUUGACGACAAGUUUUUCGAGUCCGCACCUGUUCUACUUGGGCGCCACGCCUGGCUAGCCCGCCGUCCUCCGUUGUUGAUUCGCCGCCCCCGCUUGGAGCCCUCUUUCACCGUACGGCUCGGCCCCGCGCGCUACGUCCAAACCAGGCGUCAGAACCAGCCCGCCAGUAUGGCCCGUCGCCUAACACGGACUCGUCGAGCAGUCCAUUGGGACUAA